AUGGCCCCGAGGGAGAGGACCAGACCCCGCAGCCACCCCAUCGCCCCCACCAGCCUGUGGCUUCUCCACUGCUACCUGUCAGCGGUGGGCGCAGUGAAGGUGUCGGUGGGCGCUGCCAGCAUCCAGGUGGCGAGGGGUGGGAACACACUUCUGCCUUGCAACUUCCACACCACGGCCUCUCUGAGUCGCCUCAACAUCAUCUGGACGGUCACCCCGCUGGUGGAGCCAAACCGCCCCCAGCAGGUCCUGGCCUAUGAGCAGGGAGAGGUGGUGGAGAGUCUGUCCCAGUACACGGGCCGCGUGGGCUUCGCCUUCCCGCCUGCCCAGAGUGCCACCAUCUUCCUCAACGAGACGCGCAGCUCGGACAGCGGGACGUACCAGUGCAGCGUCAUGAACCCACCCGACAGGGACACGCCCAACAUCGGGGUUAUCCAGCUCACCGUGCUUGUGCCCCCCUCCAGCCCCGAGUGCUCCAGCGAGGGGAGUGGGGAGGAAGGGGGGGACAUCCGCCUGUCCUGUGCUGUGCGGGAAGGCGUGCCUGCCCCCACCUUCAGCUGGGAGAAGAUCCCCCCCGACAAGCAGCCCCUGGUGAUGAGCUACACAGAGGCGCGCCGGGCCCUGCUGACCCUGCAGAACCUGACGGCCGCCACCUCGGGCCUGUACCGCUGCAUGGCCUCCAACGCGCUGGGCUCCAGCUCCUGCGCCCUCCAGCUUCGCGUGCGCCUGGCCCCGCAGGGCACGCUGGGCAUCGCGGCAGGCAUCACCAUCACCCUGACCAUGGGGCUGGUGCUGCUGGCUCUCCUAGCCCUGGUGCUCUGGUUGCACCACCAGAGUGUGCGGAAGUGGCCGGAGGAGGAAGUGGAGGAUUCAUACAAUGAGAUCAGAGUCGACAGCCUCUCACCGAGGCAUCUGCUUGUGGCCAAGACCCUCUCCAGCGACAUCCCCAUGGCCAACCAGGCUGCAAAGCCCCUCUGGGUCUUCACCAGCUCCACCCCCAACACCACCUACGCUAACUGCCAGCGCAGGCUGGGUGAGGGGAGUCAGGCAGCGCCGCCCAGGGGGCUGCGACAGCCAGCAUGGGCAGUGCCCCACGGCAGGAGGAGGAGCAGCAGCAGCCACUCCGAGGAGUCCCUGCCAGGCAGCCAGUCGGAGGAGCCCGCCUGGCACCCUUCGUGCCACCGAGAGCCAGCCCCAGCCAAGGCGCUUCCCCAAGCACCCUGGAUUCCUGGUCUAGGGGCAGCAGGUCCAAUGGGCACAGAAAUUGCCCCGGGGGGGGGGGGGCGAUGCCAGCAGCCAGGUCUCCCUGGGCAGGCACAUGCCUGUGCACAUGCAGCAGCCUUGGGCCAAGCUGCUCCCACCUGCCUGGCUCCAGUGGGUGCUCUGGACAGCCCCACCCUGCCAUCAACCCCCCCCCCCCCCCAAGCCAGCCCCGUGUCUCUUGGCACUCAGCCCCCAGGCCCUUUCCCUUGGGCAAAGCCCCCGCGCUGGAUAGCCCCACUCUGGGGAGGCAGCCGGCCAGCCCCGAGCCCAGGGGCCAGGCAGGUGGCAGCCCUGGAGGCUUCUGCCUAGCACCCAGGUCACAUAGAGGCUGGGCAGAGGCAGGAUUAG